AUGAAAAAUUCAAAUGUGUUCGUUGCCGGUGCUGCAGCCUUUAUAACAAUGGUGGUGUUGAUGACCAUUGGGACGGUUGUGAACGACAUGAACAGUCUUUGGCAGGAAAUUCACAGUGAAAUGAUAGAAUUCCAACGCACUGCAGAUGAUGCAUGGGACGUUCUGAUGGCGAAUCACGUUUCUCGCGCUAAUUCUACACAAUCAUUUCCACAUCUUCUAGUUGGAAGGAAGAAAAGGAGCGAAAGCGAAACUUUUGCUGACCACUGCAAUUGUGCAAUGAGAGCGGCCAACUGUCCGCCGGGACCACCCGGUCCGCCAGGUCUGCCGGGUCCACCUGGCACUCCAGGCGAAGAUGGUUCACCUGGUGAGCCUGGCUUUAGUGGAUUAAGCAUAAUCACCAUGAGCUACUUUGGCGACGGAUGCAUCAAGUGCCCACCUGGACCGCCGGGCCCACCAGGCCCACCGGGUGAGCCUGGUCCACAAGGUCCUGAAGGUCCACCGGGGCCUCAAGGCCUUCCAGGUGCACCUGGUGAGAUCGGACCGAGAGGUCCUCCUGGUGAUCCCGGAAAGGAGGGAUUAGUCGGAAUGGUUGGCAUACCUGGUCGCCCUGGAGCGCCCGGUACUGUUUACAGUCCUGGUCUUGACGGAGUAAUUGGAUUUCCAGGUCAAAUUGGUCUUGCUGGUCCUCCGGGCAAAGAUGGUGAAGACGGUGAAAAUGGUGUAGACGGACCACCAGGACCUCCGGGAAAUCGUGGUAAAGAUGGUUUGCCGGGGUUAGAUGGAAGUCCAGGGCGACCCGGUAUAGACGGGCGCCCAGGACCAGAUGCUUUUUACUGCCCUUGCCCAGCCAGAAGUCUACGUUUUUGGUUUGAAUGA